UUCGUACAAGCAUUCAGUCGUGGACACAGCACGCGUAUGGCUAGCGUGUAGACUUUUUGUUGUACUGAAGUGCAAAGGAAGGAUAAAAACAGGAAGAAACUUCGCUGUAAACUAAGGAAAUUAUAGGAAACUGUCUCCUAUGCAUAGGAAAUCUGUGCUCAGUUGAGAAAGUGCCUUUCUCUACUGGUGCAUGUUUAAAUCGGAGGAGAACAUUAGUGCCGUGAGUCGGCCAGACAACUGAUUUCAAAGCUAGCGGCAACACCAGAGCGGAGGCAUGAUUUUGAGACGGAGUUUGGCCGUUGCCGCUAUCAGCCUUCAUGCUUUUUUACUUAGCUUUCUCAUCAAGGUGUCGGAUGCAUCGGGGCAAUUCGAAUUGCAGAUCAUAUCGAUGCAAAACCUGAAUGGAGAGUUGCUGAACGGCCAAUGCUGCGACGGGUCUCGGAACACGGCGGAUCGAAAAUGCACGAGGGAUGAAUGUGAUACCUUUUUCAAAGUGUGCCUGAAGGAAUACCAGUCCAGGGUGUCCGCUGCCGGGCCGUGCAGUUUUGGAGCUGGAUCUACGCCCGUAUUGGGAGGGAAUACAUUUUCUUUGAAGAGUACAGCAAGGAAUGAAAGAUCCAGGAUAGUUUUGCCGUUCAGUUUCGCCUGGCCGAGGUCAUACACGUUAAUAGUGGAAGCCUUGGACUCCAAUAACAACACCAGUGACAUGCAGGUGAUCGAGAAGGGUUACCACUCAGGCAUGAUCAACCCCAGCUCCCAGUGGCAGAAGCUCAGCCACAACGGCCCCAUCGGCCAGCUCGAGUACCAGGUCCGGGUCAGCUGUGACGAACACUACUAUGGCUUCGGCUGCAACAAGUUCUGCCGCCCUCGCGACGAGUUCUUCGGACACUACACCUGCGACUACAACGGGAACAAGACGUGUCUGGAGGGCUGGGCCGGGCUGGACUGCAACACAGCUAUCUGCCGACAAGGCUGCAGCACUGAACACGGGUCCUGUAAGGAGCCGGGCGACUGCAAGUGUCUGUAUGGCUGGCAGGGUCAGUACUGUGACAAGUGCAUCCCUCACCCCGGCUGUGUUCAUGGGACCUGCCUGGAACCCUGGCAGUGCCUCUGUGACACCAACUGGGGAGGACACCUCUGUGACAAAGAUCUGAACUUCUGUGCGACCCACCAGCCGUGCCUGAAUGCAGGGGCAUGCAGCAACACGGGGCCUGACAAGUACCAGUGCUCCUGCGCCGAGGGCUACUCUGGAGUCAACUGUGAGAGGGCGGAGCAUGCCUGUCUGUCUGACCCCUGCUCUAACGGAGGGAGCUGCUCUGAGACCAGCCAGGGAUACGAGUGUCAGUGUGGACCUGGGUGGAGCGGACCAUCCUGCAGCACCAAUGUGGACGAGUGUGCUCCUAACCCCUGUAACCAUGGAGGCACCUGCCAGGACCUGGUCAACAGCUACAGGUGUCUCUGUCCCCCUCAGUGGAUGGGCAAGACCUGUCUGAUAGACGCCAACGAGUGCGACAGCAAGCCCUGCGUCAAUGCCAACUCCUGCCGCAACCUCAUUGGUGGAUACUUCUGCGAGUGCGUCCCUGGUUGGACGGGGCAAAACUGUGACAUCAAUAUUAACGACUGCAAGGACCAGUGCCAGAACGGAGGAACCUGCAAGGACCUGGUGAACAGCUACCGGUGUGUGUGUACCCCGGGCUACGCUGGGGAGCUCUGUGAGAGGGACGUGGAUGAGUGUGCCAGUUCACCCUGUCUGAACGGGGGCCGCUGUCAGGACCAGGUCAACGGCUUCCACUGUCUCUGUCUGUCUGGAUUCUCAGGGAACCUCUGCCAGCUGGAUGUGGACUACUGCCUCCCCCGGCCCUGCCUGAACGGAGCGGCCUGCUUUAACCUGGCCUCUGACUACUACUGCUCCUGUCCUGACGACUACGAGGGGAAGAACUGCUCCCACCUCAAAGACCACUGUCGCACCACCUCCUGCAAAGUGAUUGACAGCUGCACGGUGUCGGUGGCGUCCAACAGCACGCCGGGGGGCGAGCGCUACAUCUCGUCAAACGUGUGCGGGCCCCACGGAACGUGCCGGAGCCAGGCGGGGGGGCAGUUCAGCUGCGAGUGUCAGGAAGGCUUCAGGGGAACCUACUGCCACGAGAACAUCAACGACUGUGAGAGCAGCCCGUGUGGUAACGGGGGCACGUGUAUCGACAAGGUCAGCGUGUACCAGUGCAUCUGUGGAGACGGCUGGGAAGGAGAACACUGUGAGACCAACAUUGAUGACUGCAGCACCAGCCCCUGCCACAACGGAGGGACCUGUAGGGACCUGGUGACAGACUUCUGCGACUGCAAGAACGGCUGGAAGGGGAAGACCUGCCACUCUCGUGAGAGCCAGUGUGAUGAGGCCACCUGUAACAACGGUGCAACGUGUCAUGACGAGGGAGACACCUUCCAGUGUCGCUGUUCACCUGGCUGGGAGGGAGCCACCUGUAACAUAGCCAAGAACUCCAGCUGGCCUGCCCAACCCGUGUGAGAACGGGGGCACACGUGCGUGGUGAGGGCCGACUCGUUCACCUGCGUCUGCAAGGAGGGCUGGGAGGGCCCAACCUGCUCCCAGAAUACCAACGACUGCAGUCCCCACCCAUGCUACAACAGUGGCACGUGUGUGGAUGGAGAUAACUGGUAUCGGUGUGAGUGCUCUCCUGGUUUCGCCGGUCCAGACUGCAGGAUCAAUAUAAACGAGUGCCAGUCGUCCCCCUGCGCCCCCGGCUCCACCUGCCUGGACGAGAUCAACGCCUACCGCUGCCUCUGUCCCCCCAACAAGACUGGAACCCACUGUCAGGAGGUGGUGAGAAGACCUUGCUCUGCUAGCGGCAGGCUCAGUGCUGACGGGACCCGCUGGGAUGAGGACUGUAACAGCUGCUUCUGCUCCCACGGCCAGGUGCUCUGCACCAAGAUGGGGUGUGGUCCGAAGUCCUGCCGGGUCGGCGCUAAAGGUCGUGGUGUCUGUCCGUCGGGGAAGAGCUGCAUGCCGGUCAGAGAGGAGCUGUGCUUCGUGGGCCCCUGCCUGGGUCAGGGGGAGUGCUGGGCCCCCCACGCUGGCCCCCCCACACCCCCCAUCAGGUGCCACCCUGCCUCCGGUUACCAAGACAACUGCUCCAACAUCACCUUCACCUUCAACAAGGAGACCAUGACCAGGGGCCUCACAGUCGAACACGUCUGUAAGGAGCUGAGGCAUCUGUACGUGUUGAAGAACCUCUCGUCUGAGUAUUCCGUCUCCAUGACCUGUGAUCCCUCCACGACAGCCAGCAACGAGAUCCAUGUCUGUCUGUCUGUGGAGGAGCAGAGGGACGGCAGGAGCCCCAUCAAGGAGCUGACAGAGCGGCUCAUCGACCUGGGCAAGCGGGACGGGAACAGCAGCAUCAUCACGGCCAUCGCUGAGGUCCGCGUGCAGAAGAGGCCUGGACCCAGCAAGACCGACUUCCUGAUCCCGCUGGUCAGCUGUGUCGUCAUCGUGGUGUGGAUCCUCAUCCUGGUCUCCGUCUUCCUGUGGUGUGUGCGUCGCCGCCGGAAACAGAGCAGCCACGGCAACGUGUCGACCGCGGCGACGGAGGACAACACGACCAACAACGUCCGCGAGCAGCUGAACCAGAUCAAGAACCCCAUCGAGAAGCACGGCAGCCUGGUGGCGCUGGGCUACGAGGACAAAAACACCCUCAGCGCCAAAACAAGGACGCACCUCCCUGAGGCGGAGGAGGAGGAGAGACGCCUGCAGAAGGGACGCUUUGCUAAGCAGCCAGCGUACACGCUGGUGGAGAAGGAGGAGCAGACGGCCGCGUCCCGCCCCUCGCCCCCCAAACACCCAAACUGGACUAACAAGCAGGACAACAGGGCCCUGGAGAACACACACAGCUCCAACAGGAUGGAGUACAUCGUAUAGCAGGCAGCCGCGUUGCUGUGCAACCAGGCCCCUCGCCCUCGCAGAUGUUCACGUCGGGGAAUCGGAGGAACAUUCUGGGAUUCGUGUUCUUUAACUGUUGUCCUAUUCUUGACCCCCAGUGGUUGUUGUUCGCAUAGAUUCCCUGUGUUAAUUUAAGUUUUGACAAGCUGGCUUACACUGGCGGAGUAGGUUGCUUUGGUUGGCUGGAGAACUGGGAGCUGUGUUUCACAUUUCACAGCAAAACUGGUUUCCUGUGCCCCUACAACAUGCAUUUCAAUUGUGUUUUUUUUUUUUUUUGGUUGGACCCUCUCCCCCCCAUAUUUUGGUUUUGGGGUGCCUGUUAUUUCAAGUAGUCUUAAGUGUUAUUUUAUUUAGGCAAAAUGUAAGAAUAAAAUCUGAAGCUUUAGCGCAGUAUUUUUAGCUUUACAUAGUUUGUGUACCACUAGCUCAGUCUGGGGAAGGGCCUGUUCAGAUUUAGACCACAGCAACCGUCAGAAAAUUAGAAAAACUUUAUUAUUUAUUAUUGUUUUCUCUUGGGAGGGUGGGGUCGAUGACAGCAGUUGCUGCCAAUAUGAAGAAUUUAAGUGUCAAUCUAGAACAUGUAGAUAUGUACAUUUUUUUUGUAUUAAUCAUUGUGUAUAUUUGAUUUAUUAACUUAAUAAUCAAGAGCCUUAAGAUAUCAUUCCUUUUUUUAUUUAUAUGUCUAGAUUUCGAAGGUUUUGAUAGCUUUGGAAGCUUACUGUUUCUUUUGGAUGACAUUUUAUUUUUUUCAAAAAUGCCAAACUUCAAAGAAGAAAAAGUAUGGGCACUUCAUGCCCAAGAGAAAUGUUUCUUUUCAUUUGUUUUAAUUAUUUUAAAUAUAAUUUCAGAAUCUCUUUCUACAGAAUCCAUUUUGCCAAGACAUUACAAUUAAGUCAAGUUAGGUAGAGUCCAAUACCAAACAAGGAUAAAUGCUGCUCUGAGUCUCAACGUUGUGGCAGACAUAUUGCUUGCCACAGAUAAACAAACUAUUAAGGGAACUAAACCAUGUUUAGAAGCUCAUAAAGAAACCCACAAACUUGUAAAUGGCCAAAGCUGCCAGCUCAGAUGGUAGUUCACACACAGCAACAUGUCCAACCAGAAUCCUCAGCUCUAGUCAGCGUACUGUCAUAAGCUAGACCAUGAAUACUUGAACAGUAGGAGGUGAAGGCGACACUGUAGAACCACAUCAGACUGCUUUGAAUUAGGUCUUUCUUUCUGUGCAUUUUCUUUAAAUAAGGCUCUUAAAAAAAAAAAAAAACGACAAAAAAGACAAACAUGUUUUUUCUCAUUUGUUCCACUUUUGAGAUCUUGGCAA